CUUUUGAAUCUACAGAUGUGUCUUUGCUGCAUGGAGAAGGAAAUUUGGUUUUGUCUUACAAGUCCUGUCGAAGCAGCCAUGGGCAACUUUCUGGAGCUGUUGCUGGUCCUUAAGAUGGCCCACAGAGUUCUCUCCAGCCAGAGAGCAUCAGGAUACAGGACACUGAAGGACCUCACUGUCCCAGAGGAUGCAGCCAGAAAUACGUCAAACCCAUCCUGCAGGUCCCUGAUGAACCAAGGGAACCCUCCACCGUAUCCGGGCCCCGGCCCGUCGGCCCCAUACCCGCCUUAUCCACAACAACCGAUGGGGCCUGCGGCCUACCCUCCAGGACCUGUAGGUGGACCCUACCCACCUCCUCAGGGAUACCCCAACCAAGGAUACCCACAGUACGGCUGGCAGGGCGGACCUCAGGAGCCUCCUAAGACCACAGUGUAUGUCGUGGAAGACCAAAGAAGGGAUGACCUGGGCACAUCUACCUGCCUCACAGCCUGCUGGACUGCGCUCUGUUGCUGCUGCCUCUGGGACAUGCUCACCUGACGAGCCCAGCUCUCCACUUCUGCCACCACCACCGACAGCUGUGCCUGCCCCAUCUCUGAUUGUUGAAAUCAAUGACUAGCUCUGCACAGACACUUCUACCUUCAACACAGUGGGAUUCUAGAUUAGCAGGGGUUGCUGCUGUUUAAUUCAGUGACUUGGUCUUUUUAAUGUUCAAAAUCCAUUUCUUACUGGCCUUUCACAGAUGUGCUAAAUGACUUUAAUUUUUUUGGCCAAAGGCUUAGUUAUGAAGUAUAUAUUUUUAAUUUUAGAAUUAUACAUUCAAGGUAGUGGCAUGGUGUAACAUACCACUGAAUGAUUUCUCUGCUAACACCCUGUAUGUUUCAAUAAAUUUGUCUAAAUGUCA